GGUUUUCUUUCUGUUGUUGUCUUACGUGUAAAGGACAUUCGCUACCAUGAGUUCCGGUGCGUUGCCAAAACCCCAGAUGCGUGGUCUCCUGGCCAAGCGCCUGAGGGUUCACAUUGUAGGAGCAUUCAUUAUGGCCCUGGGAGUUGCUGCUGCCUAUAAGUUUGGUGUGGCUGAGCCCAGGAAGAAGGCAUAUGCCGAUUUCUACAGGGGCUACGACUCCAUGAAGGACUUCGAAGAGAUGAAGAAGGCUGGAAUCUUCCAGAGUGCGAAGUGACUUCAGAAUGUACAGAAUUCUUUGGAUUGCACUCGAUAGAAGUUCAUCACUGACCUGUGUUCCUGAACUAUGAACCAUGAGUAUGUGGACUAAGGAGUAAUUUAUCUCAAUAAACAAUUUUAUGGAUGUAA